AUGUCUGGAUUAGAACCGUUGGUAGCCCUUGGUGUCGCCUCCAAUGUUAUGCAGAUCAUCAGUUUUGCCGGCGACUGUAUUUCUGCAUGCCGACGCAUUUGCGAAUCUGGGAGCCCUGAGCCCUGUUUAGACGAUUACAGCAAGCGCCUUUCUGACGUUUCAACGAAUCUGAGGAAGAGGCUUUCACAGACCAAAGGGCCUCUGGCAAACGACACCAAGGCUUUAAUUGCUGUGGCUGAGAAGUGUACUGAUGCAGCUCAAGCGCUCAGAAUAGAGAUUGCUAGCCUGUCGGCACAGCAGAGGCAUCGCGGCUUUGGAGAGGCCGUUUUGCUAGCCGUCAAGAGUAGGGUGAGAAAGAACAGACUCAAACGCUUGGAGCAUUCUCUGGAUUUAGCACGCAACACUAUGGAGAGCCAUCUGUUGGUGCAAAUGACGAAAACGAUUGACUCCACGAGUCUGUUGCAACAUGAAGCUUUUGAAAAUUUGGACCAUGAAUUGCAGCACUUUGUUCGCCAGUUCGUCAAUGGUCACAAGAGCCUUUCCGAACUUGUGGUGCGAGAGAGGGUAUCCAUCAAAUUACACGUUUCGAAAGAAACGGCAAAUGUCCAAGAUUCCGUGAAAGCGCACGUCUCUGGCGAGUUGGAAAAGAGCCAAGAAACCAUCGCCAGGCAUAUGGAUAAUGCCACUGGUCAUAUGCAGGACACCCUCUUGUGCCGACUAGACUCUGAUACAGCAUAUCGAUUGCGUAAGCGCCUCCUAGGUAGUCUUAAGUACGUCGGUAUGAACGAACGUACAAACAGCAUCUCUGAGGCGUAUCCGAAAACAUUUUCAUGGUUAUUUAGGAGCCAAGAAUCCGACAGUCAAGCAAAGGGGGAUCAAAAGUUAGACCAAGCCUCAGUAGAUGAUGCAGUGGGUUCAGAAAUCGGAAAGAUGGAUGAUUCCGCUGACGUAACGCCAGUAUCCUCGGCAGAGGAGAUAGGGCCUAAUGUGUCAAGUUGGGCUGAUUUUACCGACUGGCUUUCAUCAGACCAGUCUAUGUACUGGAUAAGUGGAAAACCAGCAUCGGGGAAGAGUACACUUAUGAAUUUCAUCCUCUCACAUCCUGACACUCUGCCCUUACUUAGGAAAUGGAGACCGAAGGUGUCGUUGCUUUCACACUUUUUCUGGAAGGCGGGAGGAAUCCUGCAGAAGAAUAUCAAGGGCAUGCUAUGCUCUUUGGUCUAUCAGAUAUUCGACAACGAUGACAACCUCGCAAAUAAGUACAUGAUGACAAUAAAGGGUCUGCAGCACAAAGAUUCUGAAGUGGACUGGGGCAUUGAUGAACUCAGAAGGCUUCUUUUCGACUGCCUAGGUCGGACGGAUCGUUCCUUUUGCAUUUUCAUGGACGGACUGGAUGAAGUCGAGCCAGAAAUGAGCAUGUUCAACGUCAUGCGUCUCAUUGAACAGCUGCAUGCCAGCAACCAAGUCAAGAUAUGCUUGUCCAGUCGCCCGGAACAGGUAUUUGAGAAUCAUUUCGGACGAUUUCCGAGUUUAAGGCUGCAAGACCUUACAGCGAGCGAUAUCAAGGACUAUACCAUUGGUACUCUCCAUCCCGGACUCAGGUCCCACGCGUCUCUUGUCGCCAGCAUAACGACCAACGCGGAAGGUGUAUUUCUAUGGGCGGUCCUAGCCAUCGAUUCACUGAACAAAGGAUUUGAGAAUGGGGACUCUCGGGACCUCCUUGUGAAGCGGCUUGAGUCAAUGCCAAGUGCCCUCACCAAUCUGUACCGGGAUAUGUGGUCUAGACUGGGUGAGGAUCAGGAUUUAUACCGGCAAUAUGUAAGCCUAUACUUGCAAAUAAUCCUGUGCCAAAGGACACUUCUCCGGGUACCGCAAUUUCGCUACGACCAAUUCAAGGGCGGCAUGACCGCUCUUCAACUUACAGUUGCCUCAUGUGAUGUCGUGAGAACUAGCUUGUUCAAGAAGAGGGCGACUCUUGGUUCAAUCGAUGUCCAGAAUCACUGUGCGAAUACUGUUAGGAUUCUGAAGGUUGCCUGUGGUGGAUUUCUAACUGUCAUUCAAAAGGACCGGGGUAUGAGAAAUCUCGGACAUGCUUCAUACGACGCCUUGAUGCCUUACAUGGAUAUGCAAGUUGAGUUCAUCCAUCGAACUGCGUAUGACUUUCUUAUCACUACAGAAGAAGGUCAGGACCUACAGAAAACAUGCCAUAUGUCGGUGGACGACAAGUAUACAAGAAUUUUUGAGGCAUACCUAGCUGAAACACCUAUUUGGUCUUGGCUCUUCAACAAUCCUCCCGUUUGGCCCAAAGACAGAAUGUGGUAUAUACCUAUUGGCCUACUGGAUUCGUUUAUGGAGUUUCUUUCGGAGAUGCGAAGAGAGUUGUCCGAACAAGCGCUGGCGUGGUUACUGGGCACUUUGCAAGAAUAUAGUGAUCGAGGGCAUUUAGCCACGGCAAGGGAGCUGGCUCUGGCCCAUCAAACCAGGCAGGGCAUGUUCUGGGCUUCCGUGGGCACAUACGGUUUCGCUGAAUACGCCUCCUCUCGGCUAGAAGAAACAGGUCCACAUGAUUUCUGUGGUUUGAGUAUGCUGCUAAAUGCUUGCAGACAUUCUCUGGACUGCAUUGCGAACGCGGAGCCUGGUUUGCCUAGGCGUUCUGAAGGCUGUCUUCGAAUAAUUCAAAAUUGUCUCAAGUCUCGCAUCCCUCCAUGCUCCAUUCUGGAUGAGAGUAAAGAGACAAGCCCCUGGCUUUGCUUCUUGGCCCACGUCCUUGGAUCCUGCACUUUCAAAGCUGAACUUGAAGAGCUCUGCAUGGUGCCGAAACCAAACAUCUUAGACAUCAUUCGGACUUUUAUCGAGACUGGCGCCGAUCUUGACGACACUACCCGCGUUGUUUGGAAUUUCCAUGUCGACAAGGCAGAAAUGUUCAUGUACAUAAGUCCCCUUUCCACGGCUUUUUGUGAAGAGGCCACAGACUUACCAUCGCCAUUCGUGGUUUUGGAGGUCAACGCGUCCAGUCUGAUACGCGCUAUUCUGAGGCUCAUGCAGAAACACGUCCAAAUAACGAGUUGCCUUGGCCACGAGGAAACGCCUCCCAAGCAAAAAGUAGUGAUGUUCUCAGCACACAUUUCUGCCUGCGAUGAGAUUGGGAGAGGACCUCUGUUAUAUGCACCUGGCUCCCCUCAAGACUGUGAGCUUUUGUUGAACUUGGUGACGCCGUGGGCUUUGAAGCCUUACGGACCAUUCAAGAACGUUUAUGAGACUGAUGAGGUGACACGACCAGCAGCGACGGGGAUCAAUAAAGUUUUGAACGGAUUAAUACCAUCUUCAACCCUGGUGGGUGAUAUGUCGCAUGCUGCGAAUGAAUGGACUCGAGAAGGUUUGCUUUCAGAACGUUUCAAAUGGCCCUACUCCAAAACUAAAUGGCAUUGUUGUGAUUGA